AUGUCAGACUCGCGCAGAGACAGCGGUUCCUGGCGCCUCCUCGACCCCCACCACACCCAUGACCCCGAAUCCGCACCGCACAGCGACCACGACGACGAUGACUUCUUCCCGCAAGAUCACCUCGAACACCAGCAAUACGAUGGCCUGAACGACCACCCGCGCCCCCACCGCGUGCGCUUCCAAUCCUUCUCCCACAACGACGAUGAGCCCACCCCGCCAGCCCCGACGCGCCCGCCCAUGCCGCGCUACGACUCCGACCAGUCCGUGCAGUCCGUCCGCUCCGUGCAGUCCGUGCAGCCCACCUCCGCGCGCUGGGUCGACCUCACCGACACCCUCCACGCCGACGCCGAAAAGGACGCCGCCGCCGGCCGCCCGCCCGGCGGAGACGCCCACCCUCACACGCAGCGCUCGUCGACCGCCGACAGCACCGAGUCCGAGCGCCGCGUGCCCAACCGCAGCCGGUCCGCCCGCGACCGGCUCCGCGCGGCGGGCGCGCUGCUGCGGCAGAAGACCACACGACUGGGCGAGCGGCUGGGCCGCCCGCUCGACGACGGCGAGGCGCUGGGCGCGUCGCUGCUCCCCGAGGACCUGGAGGGCGGGCUGCCGAUGCGGCAGAUCUCCGAGCGGCUGAAGGCGCUGCAGGAGCAUCCGUCCGAGGACGAGCGCGACGCAGACGCCGCGCCCAGCGCCGAGGCGCACCGGCUCGUCCGGCGCAUGACGCAGCACGACGCAUCGCACCGCCGCCGCCGGCCGCAGCCGGCGAACGUGCGCUCCGGCCAGAGCACGCCCGACUCCGGCCCGCCCAGUCGGCCGACCUCGUGGUACGACCAUCGGCCGCGGUCGUUCAGCGGCGGCGGCAUCCUCGCGCAGCUGCUGAAGCUGCAGGGGUCGACGGGCGCCAGCAAGGAGAGUCUGAGCGGGGCGACGACGGACUCGGACAGCGAGACGCAGGUGUCGUCGGGGGCGGCGACGCCCAAGUCCGGGGCCGCGACGCCCAAGAAGGAGAAGAUCAAGUGGUACAAGAAGCCGAACCACCACUCGACAGCGUCGCUGGUCGAGGCGUCGAUGAACCUGAGUCGGGCGAGUCUCCCCGCCACCGCCGACACGGCGUCGCUCACGCCCAAGCCGCGCCGCCACAAGAAGAAGACGCAUCGCAAGACCCGGCUCGAGGACGAGAUCCGCGUGACGGUGCAUAUUGCCGAGAUCCUCGCGCGCCAGCGGUACAUCAUGCAGCUGUGCCGCGCGCUGAUGCGCUACGGGGCGCCGACCCACCGGCUCGAGGAGUACAUGCAGAUGACGGCGCGGGUGCUGUCGGUCGAGGCGCAGUUCCUGUACCUGCCUGGGUGCAUGAUCAUGUCGUUUGACGACCCGACGACGCGCACGGCGGAGGUCAAGCUGGUGCGGACGAUGCAGGGCGUCGACCUGGGGCGGCUGGCGGAGACGCACAACAUCUACAAGAACGUGGUGCACGAUCUGAUCGGCGUGGAGGAGGCGAGCCAGGAGCUGGACGGGAUUAUGAAGCGCGCGCCGCGGUUCAACAAGUGGCUGCUGAUCCCGGCGUACGGCAUGGCCAGCGCGGCGGUCGGGCCGUUCGCGUUCGACGCGCGCCCGAUCGACAUGCCCAUCUGCUUUCUGCUGGGCUCGCUGGUGGGCUUCAUGCAGCACGUGCUGGCGCCGACGUCGGUGCUGUACUCGAACGUGUUCGAGGUCAGCGCGGCGGUGCUGACGUCGUUCCUGGCGCGGGCGUUCGGGUCGAUCCGGUCGCCGCGCGCGGGCGAGGAGUACCUGUUCUGCUUCUCGGCGCUGGCGCAGUCGUCGAUCGCGCUGAUUCUGCCGGGGUUCAUGGUGCUGUGCAGCAGUCUGGAACUGCAGUCGCACCAGAUGAUCGCGGGGUCGAUCCGCAUGGUGUUUGCGAUCAUCUACUCGCUGUUCCUGGGACCAAGUGGAAGCAGCUGCCGAUGA